UUCCACCUUCUUUCCUUGCCGGACGGUGUGCUCGCCGCCUCUUUUCGCCAUGGCGUCUCGUAAGGAAGGAACCGGCGCCGGGGGUUCCGCAGUCGGUGGCGGGAAGGCCAAAGGCAAGUCGGGCCCGGGGGACUCCGCGGUGAAGCAAGUGCAGAUCGACGGGCUGGUGGUGCUGAAGAUCAUCAAGCAUUAUCAGGAAGAAGGCCAAGGCAGUGAAGUGGUUCAAGGUGUGCUGCUAGGCUUGGUGGUGGAUGACAGACUUGAAAUCACCAACUGCUUCCCAUUCCCUCAGCAUACAGAAGAUGAUGCUGACUUUGAUGAAGUUCAAUAUCAGAUGGAAAUGAUGCGUAGUCUUCGCCAUGUCAAUAUUGACCAUCUCCAUGUCGGCUGGUAUCAGUCUACGUACUACGGCUCCUUUGUUACCCGCGCUCUCCUGGAUUCCCAGUUCAGUUACCAGCACGCAAUAGAGGAAUCUGUCGUUCUCAUUUAUGAUCCUAUAAAAACUGCUCAGGGCUAUCUCUCCCUAAAAGCUUACCGUCUGACACCUAAAUUGAUGGAGGUGUGCAAAGAGAAGGAUUUCUCUCCAGAAGUGUUGAAAAAAGCAGGAAUUGCCUUUGAAAAUAUGUUUGAGGAAGUCCCGAUUAACAUCAGGAAUUCCUACCUGAUCAAUGUUCUUCUUUGGGAGCUAGAAAAGAAGUCAGCAAUAGCAGGUAGACAUGAAUUGCUCAGCCUCGCAAGCAAUAAUCACCUUGGCAAGACCCUGCAACUACUGAUGGACCGAGUGGAUGAAAUGAGUCAGGAUAUUGUAAAAUACAACACCUACCUAAGGAAUACCAGCAAGCAGCAACAGCAAAAACACCAAUACCAGCAGAGACGCCAGCAAGAAAACCUACAGCGUCAGAGUAGAGGGGAGCCUCCCCUUCCUGAGGAGGACUUGAAUAAACUCUUCAAGCCGCCACAACCUCCUCCCAGGAUGGACUCCCUCUUGAUUGCAGGUCAAAUUAACACUUACAGCCGGAACAUCAAGGAAUUCACAGCCCAGAAUCUGGGCAAGCUUUUCAUGGCUCAGUCACUUCAAGAACACAACAAUUAGGGAGGAAAAUAAAGUGCUGCUUCUUGCCUGCCCAAAGAGCACAGAUGCUUGGAAUCUCAGCACAUUUUUACUUCUACUGUUCAUCGCAAAAUGAACCAUGAAUUAGACUGUUGUGUGUUUUCGGUAGAAUUAUCCCUCUUUGAAAAGGAGAAAAGCAUAAUAAAAGUUCUAAAACUU